AUGUCGUUUAUGUUAACUCAUUUGGAGAAUGGCUGGCAAGUAGAUCAAGCUAUCUUGUCCGAGGAGGACAAGUUGGUGUUGAUUCGCUUUGGGCACGAUUGGGAUCCCACGUGUAUGAAGAUGGAUGAAACACUGUUUACCAUCGCCGAAAAGGUCAAGAACUUUUGUACCAUCUACUUGGUGGACAUCACGAAAGUGCCGGAUUUUAACAAGAUGUAUGAGUUGUACGACCCUUGUACGGUCAUGUUUUUCUUCCGAAACAAACACAUCAUGAUCGAUUUGGGCACUGGUAACAAUAACAAGAUCAAUUGGGCCAUGGAGGACAAGCAGGAGAUGACGGAUAUCGUGGAGACCGUUUAUCGAGGCGCCCGAAAAGGCAGAGGUCUGGUUGUGUCGCCCAAAGAUUAUUCUACGAAAUACCGGUAUUGAAACCAUGGCAUGAUCAUCCACACAAUAAAGAACAAACAACACA